AUGAAAUGUCUCAAGGAAUUCGGAUCGAAUAAUUGCGACACCAAAGAAACUAUCUUGAACGCCGGCAAAAUAUUUUGCAAAGCUGCUUCGGAUCCCGAAAACUCAGACGAUGUCUAUGAUACGCCACGCAAAGCUUAUUUAUUCCAGGGUCUUUUGGCUGCACAAUGGGGUGCGGAGCUGCCGUAG